AUGGCUCGUGUGCACUUAAAAGAACCAGGGAACCAGGGAAUUUUACUCUACACAAGUCCCUUAUUAGUAUUGCUACUUGGUAUCAUCAUUGCGGUGGCUGCAAGCCCUUCUGAUGGCUCUCAAUGUCCAAAAUGUCCAAAAUUUUGGGUUCAAAAUGGAAAUAAGUGCUAUCGAUUCUACGCAUCUUUAAAGACUUGGGAUGAGGCAAGUAAGGAUUGCUCCUCCUGCGAAAACUCAUAUGGUAAUCUCGUCUCCAUCGGAAGUGAAGAAGAAAACAAAUUUGUUUUCACGCUUUGGAAAACUUAUAACAAUAAUCCCGAUGCAGAUGGAUACACAUACUGGAUUGGUUUGAGGAGGUCGGGCAGUACUUGGCGUUGGUCGGACAAAUCACCAUACAGGUACAAGAGAUGGCUACCCGGCGGUGAACCCAAUAACCGUGUAGUAGGAAAGGAAAAUUGUGUUCACCAAUGGAAAAGGAAUGGUAAUUACCUGACCUGGAAUGACCUCCGUUGCGACAAAAAGUUGCCAUACGUAUGCGAGAUUCCUAUUGGAAAAUAA